AAGCAGCUGACUCGUAACAAUUAUUUGGAAAUGAUAAACUUCACAUCGCCCCAGACUAGUGAAAUUAACCGCUACCACUGCGUCAACGGUGGUCAGCACAGAGAGGUUGCAGGCGAGGUUCUGCACUGAAAGCCCACCAGAGACCCCCGACGGACUGCGUAUUCUCGAGAAGUUCUGAGAUGUUGGACUGACAAGGGUCACUUGGGGAUCAGCCAUCCCUCCCACCUGACAUGAUGGCAGAUCCAGACACUUUUCCCAUAGAAAUACACACGGAAACCAAGCCUGAAAGCUGCAGCAGUGACAAAAAUGACAAAUUAUUUGAGGAACCGAGCAAGAAACUUAAAGUCAACCAUGAGCGUUGUGCGACAGUAGGCCAACAAAAUGUAGACUUCUGGUUCUGUGAAGAGUGUAAAGAAUUUUUCUUGGAGGAAUGCCCUACUCAUGGCCCUCCAGUGUUUGUGCCGGACACACCCGUAGCUACAGGCACACCCAACCGUGCUGCACUCACAAUACCAUCAGGAGUAGAGCUGAUCCGAGAUGGAGAUGAGAUAGAUGUGUGUUGCAUGGAUGAGAAUAUCCCUAAGGGGGCACUCUUCGGCCCCUAUCAGGGAGAAAUGGUGGCCCAGGACAAGUCCUCUGGGGUUCAUUCUUGGAUGAUUGUUGGGGAGAACAAUACAUACAGGUCCAUUGAUGGGAGCGAUGAAACGAAAGCAAACUGGAUGAGAUACAUACGGAUGUCUGCUGACAAGAGUGAGAAGAAUCUGAGUGCAUUCCAGCAUGGUGGGCACAUAUACUUCCGUGUGUGUCGGGGGCUUUUGGCGGGUGAGAGGCUACGUGUGUGGUACAGCGAUGAUUACAUGAGACGGCUGCACAGUGUCUCAAAGGAUAGCAUUAACUCCAACCUGGACACAGGACUCAAAUCAGAAGAACUUUCACGACACCCAGAAGAAGCCAAAGGACCAGUGCUCAGGUCUGCACUACAUGGCAGAAGAAGUCUUACCAAGAACUCAAGCGAUGAAGGUGACUGUCAGCCUCAGGCCAAGAAGAAGAAGAUUGACCUCAUCUUCAAAGAUGUCCUGGAAGCAUCUCUAGAGGCUAAUCAAAGCCUAGACAACCCCUUAAACAGCACUUUGUCCUUACCAAGGUCCAGAGCUCACCUUGGCAGUCAUAUUCUCACACAGUCUAAUGUGUACUCGUCCCAGGCAGGAGAGCCUUGUUUUAACCAGCAGGAGUCUAAAGUUCCAAUGAAUCCUGGGUUAGUUUCUGGUAGUCGAAUGGAGAGUGGUUUUGACGUGGGAUGUCUGAAGUUGGAGGAAACGGAGGAUGAGCCCACAGCAACCACUGAGGGUCCUUCCACCUCAUUUUGCCCAAACUGUGUAAAACUUAAGAGACGGAUCCGUGAGUUGGAGGCCGAGCUACUACGCCUGCGGGGAGGGGAUCAGGCAGAGACAAAAGCUACACCACAGCCUGAGCCUCUGAUUGUGGAUGACUUCGGAGCAACUGAGGCCAUGACUCCCAACCCAGUGGUGAUGGAGGAGGAUGACCCAGAUGUGGAUUCUGCUGAUGAGUCCAUAGCUGCUGACCUCAUGGUGGCUGCAGAUGAUUCUUCCAAACUGUCUGUGGGCCCGGGUCGAAGAAUCCGCCGCUUCAAGCAGGAGUGGUUGAAGAAAUUCUGGUUCCUACGAUACUCUCCGACACUGAAUGAGAUGUGGUGCCAUGUCUGCCGGCAGUAUACUGUCCAGUCCUCACGCACCUCAGCUUUCAUCAUAGGCUCAAAACAGUUUAAGAUCCACACCAUCAAGCUACACAGCCAGAGCAACCUGCACAAGAAGUGCCUACAGCUGUAUAAGUUGCGCAUGCAUCCAGAGAAGACUGAAGAGAUGUGUCGCAACAUGAUGCUCCUCUUCAAUGCUGCCUACCACCUAGCUGUUGAGGGCCGACCUUUCUCAGACUUUCGACCACUGGCUGAGCUCCUGAAGAAGUGUGAACUCAAGGUAGUAGACCAGUACAUGAAUGAGGGUGACUGCCAGAUUCUUAUACACCACAUUGCCCGAGCGAUUAAAGAGGACUUGGCAGAGAAGAUACGACUGUCUCCUUUCCUUAGUGUCAUCAUGGAUGGGCAGAAUGAUGACUUGCUUGCGGACACAGUUGCAGUAUAUGUGCAGUUCAUCACAAGUGAGGGGCCACCAGCCACAGAGUUCCUCUCCUUACAAAGACUAAGUGGGGGAAGUGUGGAUGGCUACCUUCAAGCUGUUGAGCGUGCCUUUGGUGUUCUUGGACUGAGGUUGCAGGACAUGCUAAUCGUUGGCCUAGGGAUUGAUGGCUCCAGCAUCUCCUCUGGCCUUAGGGCGAACCUCUACAUAGCCAUACGAAAGACAAUCCCCUGGAUCCUUUGCCUUCCUAUUAUGAUCCACCGUCCUCACUUAGAAGUGCUUGAUGCCAUCAGUGGGAAGGAACUCUCGUGCUUAGAGGAUCUCGAGAACAACCUGAAGCAGCUACUGAGUUUUUACCGGUACUCUCCUCGAAUGAUGGCUGAACUGAGGUCAACAGCCCCCACGUUAUCUGAAGAAACAGAAUUUCUUGGGGAUAUACGUGCAAUCCGUUGGAUUAUAGGGGAGCCCAAUGUUCUAAAUGCCUUGAUCAAGGACUAUCUGGAGGUAGUGGCCCACCUCAAGGACAUUAGCAGUCAGACACAAAGGGCAGAUGCAGCUGCUAUUGCCCUCUCUCUUCUACAGUUCUUGAUGGAUUACCAGUCGGUUAAGCUGAUCUAUUUUCUUUUGGAUGUCAUUGCAGUACUGUCACGCCUUGCCUUCAUCUUCCAGGGGGAUUAUCUGAUGGUGUCUGAAGUUGACGCAAAGAUUGAGGAGGCCAUCCAUGAGAUUGGCCAGCUUGUCGACUGCCCAGGCGAGUACUUGCAAGAAUUUGAGGAGAACUUUCGUGAGAGCUUUAACGGUGUGGACCUGAAAAACCUGCGUGUGGCGGAGUCCAAGUUUCAGUCCAUCAGGGAGAAGAUCUGCCAAAGGAGUCAGGGCAUCCUAGCACAGCGGUUUGACCAGCGAAGCCAAACAGUGGUCAAAGCCUGUCAGGUGCUCGACUUGGCCUCAUGGCCACGUAACAGGGAAGAUCUCCGUGCCUAUGGAGAGGAGGAGAUCCUGCUAAUCUUUGACCACCUGGAUAUGAUUCCCUCAGCGGGUCGGGAGCUGUCGCAUGAUAGGAUGGAUGCUCGAAGCAGCCUCAUGGCCGAGUGGAGGGAUCUCAAAGGCGAUUACUAUAGUGUAAAUGGUUUCAAGGAUGUGGUGGGUCACAUUUGUAGGUACAAACAGCGUUUUCCGUUGCUCAAUCACAUUCUACAGGUGAUCCGGGUCCUGCCAACCUCCGCUGCAUGCUGUGAUAAAGGACGAGUGUUCUUGCAGAAGGUGCGCAGGAAUAACCACUCAAGACUUACGCUGGAUCAGAUGAAUGACUUGCUGAUCCUGGCUGUUAAUGGGCCACCCAUCGCCAACUUUGAUGGCAAGCGGCCGUUGGACAGUUGGUUUGAAGAGAAGUCAGGGAAUAGCUAUUCGCCCUCUGCCGAGGUGCUGACUAGAAUGUCCACAGCUGAACAAAAGUCUGUACUGCACGGUAUGGAUGUGAACACAGACUUUCAGAUAUAUGAUUAAUCAAAGCGUUUGUCAACCAAUAAUAUUCCAAAAAGCCAUCUCAAUGCGUAAGAGUUGAUCAGAGCUGUUAUGUGAUCGGCCAAAAUCAUUGACGUUGGCCAUGCUGCUAGGAUGGUCUGAUCAGCAGCUUUUGUAAGAAUGGUAGAGUAGUUUUUGAACAUGGGCAGUUGCACACGUCCAGCUAAACAAGUUUAAACGAAGAGCACUUCUUACAAUCAUUGAUUUAAUGUGAAUAUUCAUUAGAAGCUCCAAAGUAAGAAAGUCUCUUUUGAUUGUGUUGUUGAAU